ACUGGGAGCCAGUGGUUUCCCCCGCCGACGGCUGCGGUAGCCGUGGCCCGAGCAACAAGGUAGAGGCGGCGGCUGCGCCCCGCACCAUGGAGGGCAGCCCGGCCCGGGUCCCAGCCCUGGUCGCCACCGACCUCCGCCGCCGCCCGCGCCCCGUGUGCCAGCUCCCACUGCAACUUUCCGGGUGCCAUCCGCUGCUCACCUCGAAGCCAACAUGAAGGCGAUCCGGGGCUACGGCGGGAGCGCCCCUUUCUGCACCCGCCUCAAUCACUCCUACCCGAGCAUGUGGGAGCUGGAGCGCCCCGCCGAGGCGCGGGGCAACCUCACGCACGCCCCGGGGCCCGGCGAGGACUGCGGCUCGGUGUCGGUCGCCUAUCCCAUCACCAUGAUGAUCACCGGCUUCGUGGGCAACGCGCUGGCCAUGCUGCUGGUGUCGCGGAGCUACCGGCGCCGGGAGAAUAAGCGCAAGAAGUCGUUCCUGCUGUGCAUCGGCUGGCUGGCCCUCACCGACCUGGUGGGCCAGCUGCUCACCAGCCCCGUGGUCAUCGUCGUGUACCUGUCCAAGCAGCGCUGGGAGCAGCUCGACCCGUCGGGCAGGCUGUGCACCUUCUUCGGCCUGACGAUGACUGUGUUCGGGCUCUCGUCGCUCCUCAUCGCCAGCGCCAUGGCCGUGGAGAGGGCGCUGGCCAUCCGGGCGCCGCACUGGUACGCGAGCCACAUGAAGACACGCGCCACCCGCACCGUGCUGCUUGGCGUGUGGCUGGCGGUGCUGGCCUUUGCCCUGCUGCCGGUACUGGGCGUGGGCCAGUACACCAUCCAGUGGCCAGGGACGUGGUGCUUCAUUAGCACUGGAGGAAGGGGCAAUGGGACGAGUUCCCCGCACCACUGGGGCAACCUCUUCUUUGCCUCCACCUUUGCCUUCCUGGGUCUGUCGGCUCUGGUCGUCACCUUCGCCUGCAACCUAGCCACUAUUAAGGCUCUGGUGUCCCGCUGCCGGGCUAAGGCCACAGUGUCCCAGUCCAGCGCCCAGUGGGGCCGCAUCACAACCGAGACGGCCAUCCAGCUAAUGGGAAUCAUGUGCGUGCUGUCAGUCUGUUGGUCGCCUUUGCUGAUAAUGAUGUUAAAAAUGAUCUUCAAUCAGACUUCAGUUGAGCACUGCAAGACACAAACAGAAAAGCAUAAAGAAUGCAACUUCUUCUUAAUAGCUGUUCGCCUGGCUUCACUGAACCAGAUCUUGGAUCCCUGGGUUUAUCUGCUGCUAAGAAAGAUCCUUCUUCGAAAGUUUUGCCAGAUCAGGCACCACACAAACAACUAUGCAUCCAGCUCCACCUCCUUACCACAUCAGUGCUCCUCAACCUUGAUGUGCAGUGACCAUUUGGAAAGAUAAUGAAAGAAAGAAGUUGGACUGGUUUUUCUUUAUUCUGGCUUCCCUGAUUUAUAUUUCUUCCCAACAGAGAAGGGGAAUUUUAUAUUUCGAUUUGGAUUGUUUCUUCAGUUAUUUUUUUCAAAUGUUUUUUUCAAGUCUGUAAUGCCCACUGAGACCAGGCUUAGUAUAAUAAUCUGUGCCUGUCAAUGUCAAGUUGACUACUUGGAGUGCAUUUUGAUUACAUAUCAUAGAUGAUGAUUGGUGGAGAGAAAAAGAAAAAAAUCCUGGAAGAUUUUUUUUCUAGAGCUUCAAACCUUUAAUCUGAAUCUUAAUUGAUGUGGACAUCGUAUGCUUUAUAGUAAUAUUUAUAUACAAUAUGGGUUUGAAAAAUUAGUAUUAAAGGUUUUUGAAGCUGAAAGAUCAACAUACUGGAAAUAUAGCUUGUAAUCUUACAAUCUUGUAACUCAUUAUUAGUCACAAGUGAUUAAAACAAGCAGCUUGUUAAGAGCAGGAAUUCAGUUUAUAGGACACAAACCUAAUGAAACAGAAGUGGAUGUCAAAUGAAGGCAGGAGAGUUUUAUGACAAUGGAGAUUCAAACUAGUGUGUGAUUCAUGUUUUGGAGACAUUGUGUCUCCCUGGGUUAAAUUUAGAACCAAAAUUCCUGAGGUCUGUAUACUGAUUUAUGUGUCAUUUGGUGACUUACAAAUCAAUUUGCCUGUUAUUUCUCUAUUUUUGAGGAAUGAAGGGUAGACCUCUCAAAGUACCAACAUACACACACUAAAACUAGAACAAUAAAAAAUCUAGAGCCUUCUGACUCACCACUAUCACUCCAGAAUUUCUUAAAAAAAUUUUGGGGUGGCAUAUACAAUGGCAAAAUUAAUAAAUGACACAGAGUUCUCAAUUUAAACUAUAAACUGAAUUUCGUAUAGUGUGUUAUUCCUAUAGAUGCUAUUCUUGUGUAUAAUACCUCCUGAUUAUUUAGCCCAUAGAAGCCUUACCCAUUCUCCAGGCCUUUAAAUCAUGCCCAUGUUCUUAGGCCUCAAACAGUAUGUAUCUUUAUUCUCUCCUUAUCUGCUUCCAACACUGAUGUUACAUAGUGCUUGCUUUAGUGACUGCUAUAUGAUUUAAGUAUUAAAGAUGGUUACAUCCUGGAACCAACAGGAUCACUCACCUGAGAGGAUUCCUGCUUUACCAUGCAUGUUUUGGGUUUAAGACUCCAGUAUAACAUGUAUUAUUGUAGCACUGGAAGCUUUGGUGCUGUGAUAACUGUGUCUCUGUCUCUGUCAUCUGACAACAUCAGGCUGGAACAGUGAGGCCCCAACAACAUUGACAAGAAUGUUUACUUAAUUAAAUAAAAUUAAAAUGUUAUAUCCAGGCAAUGCAAUCACAUGAAGUCAAAAACAACACUGUUGGGGGCCUGGCAGUAGCGUAGCAGGUUAAGCGCCCAUGGUACAAAGCCCAAGGACCUGCAUAAGGAUCCCGGUUUGAGCCCCCAGCUCCCUUACCUGCAGGGGGGUUAAGGUUAUAAUAAGAAA